AUGGCUCCCAUUCAUUUGAAUUCUAUUUACCAGUCAGUGCUGAGAUCACUCGUGAAUGAUGAUCCGGAACAAUUAGCUAAAUACAUCAAAAAACCACAGGAGAAACCUCCUUUUUUGUGGAAGCCAUUCCUGAAAGAAAAAUCCCUAUUGGAUAGAGCGAAGAGGCGCAAUCUGUUACACCUCGCCGUUCUGCAUGCGGCUUCACGUUGCGUUACAAUGCUCGUGGAAUCCCCCUAUCUAUGGGAUCCAGACAUACCUGAUGCCAAUGGUUGGACGGCGAUGCAGAUGGCUGAAGCGCUCAACAACAUACACAUUAUGUAUCCGUUGGCGCGUGUAUCUCGCGAACUGCGUCAUAUGGAACCAGUCGUUUCGAGAAAGAACAAUCAACUGACCACCACACAUCUUUUUUGGCCGCAGGAUUUGAUGACUGGUGCAUUCAUUUCGCCAUAUGCUGACUGUAGCCGUCGCGUUGUUAUGCUUCAGUUUUCACCCGAAAUGCCUUGGAGACUGUCUGGUAGGCUGCCAACGUUUUCUGGUCGUGAUUUGGCUCUACUUUUUGAACUUCUCCUCGCCGAUCAUCCGCUUAUCUGUAGAGAUUUGGAAUGUCCUUUGGUGCUACCACUGACCAUAUGGCCUAUUUGUAAUUCAUCAAUGCUAAAUCAUGUUGGUCAUAUGCCCAACUGUGAGGACUACCCGAACUGUCUUUUGACGCAGUGGCUUCGGACGAAUCGCUCCGGUGGAAGUUUGUCAUUAUGCUAUCAAGAGACCAUAUCAGUUUGGAAACUGCACCGAUUUGGAUGGCUUCACCCCGAUGGAGGUACACCUUUGUCUCUGAAAGAGCAUUGUCGAAUAUGCUUUCGUAGACAAGUGACGAACUGCAUAAAACCGGCCUUUGUGGACACUCAAGCAAAUAUUUAUCCAAACUAUGCCAGGAUAUUGAUGCAGUUUAAUUUACCUUCAAUGCUCGUUGAUUUUUUACUUUAUCGUGAAUUUUGGCCGGUAGAAAAGUCAAUUCCUGAGCGCUUUUUAGCGGAGCCUGUUUCCAAGCGGGGUUGCUACCACAUAUGGACAGAACAAUUCGGCGUCGGCAUACGAAUAGAACACGGAUUUAUCCCAGAUAACAAGCAACCUGUACCUCAUGGCGAAUCAUCUACGGAUCCAAAUGUAGACCCACCGAGGCAUCGCCUCAAGCAGGAUUCGGAAAACAAAAAUUUUCUGUCCUGGACAUCCCUCUGA